CUAUUAUUGAUCUCCGAAGCCAAAAGAAAAUACAAAAUCUCCUCCACCUCAGCAGUAAAUGCUGAAAUCCCAGUAGCCACGGCGUCAAUAUCAGAUUCUGCCGCGAGCCUACGGAUCCACCGCCAAAACGCCGGAUCCAAUCUCGCCGCUUCCACCGUCUCUUCACUCAGGAUUAGGUAUUACUCAACGGAACCUGGGACGUGUGAUUCUAAAAGCUGAGAGAAGGAAACUAGAAGGACAUAGAAAUGUUUUCAUUGUUUUAUGGACUUUGGAAGUACGCCUUCAGUAAGACAGAGUUUCAUGUCCUUAUUCUGGGGAUUGACAAAGCUGGAAAAACGACAUUAUUAGAAAAAUUGAAGUCACAAUUCUCAAACUCAGAAGGCCUUCCACCUGAUCGCAUUGUUCCAACUGUCGGACUAAAUAUCGGCCGUGUUGAAGUUUCAAAUUCAAAACUUGUAUUUUGGGACCUUGGAGGGCAGCCUGGUCUUCGCUCAAUUUGGGAGAAGUAUUAUGAGGAGGCACAUGCUGUAAUGUUUGUAGUUGAUGCUGCUUGCCCAUCACGUUUUGAAGAUGCUAAAUCUGCUCUUGAAAAGGUUCUCCGGCAUGAGGAUCUCCAAGGAGCCCCCCUUUUAAUAUUAGCAAACAAGCAGGAUUUGGGCGGAUCUGUAUCAGCUGAAGAACUUGGCAGGUAUCUUGAUCUCAAGAAAUUGGACGAGAGAGUCUAUACAUUUCAAGCUGUUUCAGCAUAUGAAGGGGUGGGAAUCAAGGAAAGCGUGAACUGGCUUGUAGAUGUAAUGGAGAGAAGUAAACGAACAGAGGUGUUGAAACUACGUGCAGACUCCCCCAAUUUUUGAUCGCCGUAGAUAUAGAAAAGCUACAAUUAGUAUUCACUGCACUUCAUGUUGCUACUUCGUGUAAGUAAUCCAUUGUUCAAUUUGAAUUAGUAGCUUAUACACAUACCUAAACGAGAGUUUGUGAAUACUCUCGCUGUACCUGUACUUUGACAUUUGCGUUUAAGUUCGCUUCCCAGUCAGCAAAGUGUAAAGGAGAAAUCUUUUGUUCAUUUCUUUCAAGCUGUGGCUUACAAUCCUAACUCAUCUAGUUGAACCAA